CUUAUUACACUCAAAGCGGGUGUUGACGUAGAUAUCGGUGCAAAUCCUUCAGCCGAAGAGCAAGAAGAGGCACUUGAUGAAUCUUCAACUCAAGUUAAUAAUGUUGUUAAUGCCUUCCGUCUUCAAGAAACCCAGUACGAUAAGAAGUCCUAUACAGCUUAUCUUAAAAAAUAUGUGAAAAAACUUGCUGAACACGUUAAAAAAGAACAACCUGACAGAGACAUAAGUGAAUGGCAAGCGAAAAUUCAGAAUUUUUCAAAAAAAGUCCUCA